GCCGAGCUGCAGUUUUCUGACAACGACAAGGAGCAACACACCGAUACYAAAUUAUYAUGAUCCCGGUGUCGAYAUUUUUCCGUCCCAAGAUUCGUGGUCAAUACCACUUGUACCAGAAGUCCGUGYCACCAAGAGUCGUCCGGCAACUCCACGGACACCGUCGUGCCGGUGCCGAGGGGAGGUUUCGGGUUCGGGCUUCGUCUUCUCGYUCCCUGGCRUCCCGGAGAARCUUGGGWGGCUGGGAUCGUCGCACGCAGCGCUCGCUCKGGACCGGGCCKACCGAACCCCCCGGCGGCAACGACAMCGGCGUCUCGGAGAGGAUCGUUUCGGCCCCGAGCGGCAUCGAUUUCCGGGUCACCGUUCGCAACCCAAACGCGCCCUAUCCGUGCCUGUGCYUGCCGGGUGCGCUGGGAACCGGAGCCUCGGACUUUGCCAACCUCUUGUACGACGSRGACGGCGGCCUCGGGCCCGGCUUUGGAAUCUACGCCCUCGAUCCGAGGGGAUUGGGGGGCAGCGUGUGGCAGACCUCCGGGGACGGACCGUCCCAGAGGGUGGAGCGRGACUACCCCAUCGACUUUUACSUCCGCGAYGCCCUGGACGCGGCGGGGGUCAUGGAGGCCCUGGGAUUCGAUCGGUACGCGGUGCUGGGGUGGUCCGACGGUGCCAACUCCGCGAUCCACCUGGCGGCACACCCCGACACGAGGGACAAGGUGGRMAGCCUGGUGGUGUGGGGGGGCAACGCCUCUGCGACCGAGGAGGACGCGGAGGCCUGGGAGUCCCUCCGCGACGUGCGCACGUGGUCCAAGCGCGCCCGGGAGGAAAAGCGAAAGGCCCACGGCGGAUCGCUGGAGCGCCUGCAGGAGCUCAACGACGCGGCCACCGACGGGUGGAUCCGGCUCUGCCGCGACCCGCGGACCCGGGGGGACGUCUGCCGCUCGGUCCUCCACCGGGUCCGGUGCCCCACGGCGGUCUUCCACGGGAGCAGGGACGCCGUCUGCGAGGCAMGGCACGCGGACUACCUYUCCCGGCAGAUCCCGGAYGCGACCCUGACGGUCUUUCCCGAGGGAAAGCACAACCUCCACCAGAAGCACGCUUCGACCUUUCACGCCCUGGUGAGGGGCUUUCUGGARGACACGACGGGGGARGSGGCGCCCCCGGCCGCGAGGCCGUUUCUCCCCGCCUUUGCGGGCCCCGGCGCCGCCGAGGCCGCUUCCGCCGAGGACYGUUCUGCCCGCAAAAGCMRGCUCGCCAUCGACGAGAUUGCGUAUGGGUUCAUGGGAAGCAAGGCGCUGUCGGUGGCUCUCAAGGUCGGCGUGUUCGACGCGAUCGACACCGCCGCAAAGCAACAGCAACAGCAACAACAACAGCAACAACAAAACCGUGGCGAUCGCAAAGGCACGGAAACGACGUCGGUCGCUACCCUGGAUCAGAUUCUCUCCCACUGCCAAGAACCCAUUCCCGAGGAGCGCCUCCGAACCCUGCUUUCGGCCUGCGUCGCUCUAAAGYUGAUCGACCGACGGGUCUUCCGCGGGAGAGAGAUCUACUCUCUCCCGAAGGCGUCCGCCGACCAGUUGGUACGGAGCUCGAAACACUACUGGGGAGAUUACAUCGUCGGGCAGGUCGACGCACAGUUCUACACGAGGAUGAAAGACCUGGACCAAACUAUUUUAASGGGGGAUUCUYUGUCCGAUGGGUACGAGGCGUGGUUCGAGAGCGAUCCGGAGGCCGCCCAGAGGUACACCCUGGCCCAGCACAACGGRUCGCUGGCGACGGGCUACGGGCUCCUGCGGCGCCUCCCCGAGCUGUCCGGGGGGGAGAGGUUCCCSUGCCCGCGAAUGCUCGACGUCGGCGGGGGGAGCGGGGCCUUUUCGAUUGCCACGGCCCGCACCGUAAGAGACGCCCGCUGCGUCGUGCUGGACCUGCCAAGCGUCGCGAGGGUGGCCCGGGACAUCAUCUCGAGGGAAGAAAAGGACGUCCGAGAGCGUCUCUCRACGCUUGCCCUGUCGGCCACCGCCCCGGACCGGUGGGCCGGCAUCGUGGAAGACGAGUCCUUUGACGUGGUGCUGAUGUCCUACGUGAGUGGUUCCAUCCCGGUGGGAGCCCUGUCUGGAUUGUACMAGAAUGCCUACCGGGCCCUGAAACCCGGGGGRAUCGCCAUCGUCCACGAUUUCUUUGUGGGMAACAACGGCGACGGACCCAGGAACGCUGCCCUGUGGGCUCUUGCCCACGUGACGGUGAACCCCGAGGGCAUGGGCCUCCGACCAGGCCGUGUCACCGACUUGUUGCUGGAGGAGGGGUUCGUGGGCGUCAGGGUCGAAGACAUGAUACCGGAAACGACGCAACUGSUAGUAGCCACCAAACCGGGCGGGUGACGUUGUGGCCCGGAAAAGGACAAGCG